AUGCAGCGUGGAGCCAACGAUCGGUUUAGUGCUCGCCCCCUCUCUGCCGAUUUGCGGAUUCGGAACUUGUCGAGGCGACAGCAGGUGGGGAAAAGAGGGCGCUCGGAGUUCAAGGAGCAGAUGGGCUCGAGUCAAGCGUGA